AUGAACAAGCAGUUCCUGUUUAGUCGUGGUGCUAUACCAACACUGUAUCGUGUUUUGAUCAGUUCAUGUAGUAUUCCAGCAAAUACACCAAAUCAGCAGCAACGGGUAGAAGAUAUUCAGGUUGAAGCGCAACGUGCUGUACUACAGCAACAGUAUGCUGCGGAUUUCCUACUCCAGAAGCUUACCGAAAUGCGCCCAUCCAUACUCAAGCAAACACUUCAGAUACUGAACAAAGCCGCAUUACAAGAUACAAAUCUUCCAUUGUUUCGGGAUGUACGAUUGAGGGUAGCACCAGAUUGUGAAACGAAUUUUGUGGAGCGCAUUAUACUGAUCCUGAAAAACGACUGCGCGAUACAAUGCUACAUGAAUUGUGCCAUGCUGCUGUUUUUGUUAUCGAUGGCAUAUCAAAAGGUGGCCAUGGACCAGCUUGGAAAUUUUGGUACCUGA